AAUAAAAAUAAAAUUAAAAGGAGAACAAAAAGGAGACGCACAGUUUCAUUACAGCCGUAGUUUCUCUCUCUACGAGCUUUCUCUGUGUACUUCUUUUUUUCUCUCUUUUCACAGUGUUUCUCUGUCUUUGAUCCCUGUGAUUGACGAAUGCAGGUUUUGCUAGUUACUAGCUGCUAAAGUAGCUGACAAAUGUUUGAGCGGAAACCGACUCUAUAAAUAUGAGAUUUUCACCGUAAUUAAUAAUGGCUGGAAACGCGAGAUUUGAGUUGACGUCAGCCAGUCCUGACUCCAGUUUUGCAGGGAACUUCCAAAAUGGGCAAAGGGGAUAUGCUGUUCCCACUUUGGAUAGGUCUACAAGUUUCAGAGAUGGUGCCGAUAGCAGGAAUUUUGCUUCUGGGAAAGCAAAUUCUAGGGCUAGUGCUACCCCUUCAGGAGAGGUGACUACACUAUCUCAGUGCCUGAUGUUGGAGCCGAUUGUUAUGGGUGAUCCAAAGAAUGAGCGGUCCGGUGACUUAAAGAGGGUUCUUGGUUCUUCUGUUGGGAGCAGUUCAGAAGACAACUCUUUUGGUGCUGCCCAUAUGAAGAAUUCGUCUCCUGGGGCUGUAGAGGAGUUGAAGCGAUUGAGAGCGAGUGUUGCAGACACUUGUUUUAAAGCCAGUGGUAGAGCAAAAAAGUUGGAUGAUCAUUUAAAUAAGUUGAACAAAUAUUGUGAGGCCGUGUCCUCUAAGAAGCAGCAGCAACGGAAUGAUAUGAUAACAAAUGAACGCUCUGGUUCAACCUUGAAAAUUGGGUCUUUGGUACAUCGUAACCCUACAGAAUUUGGAAGUCAGAAGUUUGAUGAUCGGCCUAAGAGUGUUGGACUUAAUAAGCGCUUACGGACAUCAGUAGCAGAAACUCGGGCAGAAUGCAGAAAUAGUGGAGCAUUACGGCAGCCUUUGAUGGUGUCAAAAGAAAGAGACUUGCUAAAAGAUACCAAUGCAGACCCUGAUAUGGUUGAGGAAAAAAUAAGAAGACUACCUGCUGGUGGAGAAGGGUGGGACAAGAAAAUGAAAAGGAAACGCUCAGUUGGUGCUGUAUUUUCAAGAUCUGUUGACAGUGAUGGUGAACUGAAAAGAACUAUGCAUCAUAAGCUUCCUAGUGAAUCGAGCCUGCAGUCCGGUGAUUCCAGGUAUGGUUUCAGAUCAGGGGCCUCUGGUGGCAGUAACAAAUUAGAUCCUAUAUCCUCUCCCGCUGGUUCUAGUGGUCGUACAACCUUCAAAAAUGAACAAGAAAAAUCAAUACUCUCAAGGGAUCUUUCUGCUGGACCAACUAAAGAGCGGCCCUUAGGACGAGUAAACGUUAGGAUGAAUAGUCGUGAGGACAACCAUGCCACUGGUCCUGGUCCGAUAUUAAAAGGGAAGGCCUCAAGGGCACCACGAAGUGGCUCUAUGGUCGCAGCUCAUUCAGCUUCUAACAACCCUCGUAUCUCCGGAACUUUGGAGAGCUGGGAACAGCCUCAGGCUGUAAACAAAGCUCCUACAGUUGUUGGGGCUAACAAUCGGAAGCGUUCUAUACCUGCAGGAUCAUCAUCUCCACCCAUAACUCAAUGGGUUGGUCAGAGGCCACAGAAGAUUUCUCGAACGAGGAGAACAAACCUAAUUCCUGUAUCGAACCACGAUGAUGUACAGAUGCAAUCUGAGGGAUGCUCACCUUCAGAUUUCAGUUCCCGGUUGAGCGCUGGUGGUACCAGUGCUUCUUUACCAACAAAGAGUUCAGCCAGUGCAAACCAGAAUACUAAACUUAAACCUGAAAAUGUUCCAUCUCCUGCAAGAUUUUCUGAAAGUGAAGAAUCUGGUGCUGGUGAAAUCAGAAUAAAGGAGAAGGGUUUAGACCGUGCAGAUGUGGAGGAAAAGGAUGGAAAUGCUGUGCAGAAUGUUGGGACUACCACGGUUCCAAUGAAAAAGAAUAAAAUUAUGGUCAAAGAAGAAAUUGGUGAGGGUGUGAGGAGACAAGGGCGUAGUGGAAGAGUCUCGCCAUUUUCUAGGACUAGCAUUUCUCCCACUAGAGAGAAGAUGGAUAACUUGAUGCCAACCAAACCUCUACGAAAUGCAAGGCCCGGUUCUGAUAAGAAUGGAAGCAAGUCAGGCCGUCCUCUAAAAAAGCAAUCAGAGCGCAAAGGCUUUUCUCGUCUUGGCCACAUGGCUACCGGGGGUUCCCCAGAUUGUAGCGGGGAAUCAGAGGACGACCGUGAGGAGCUCUUGGUAGCUGCUAAUCUUGCUUGCAGUUCUAGCCUUAAUGCAUGUCCUAGUGCAUUCUGGAAAACAGUUGAGUCCUUGUUUACUCCUAUAGGCCCAUAUGAAAAAUCAUACUUAUCAGAACAGCUUAAAUUGGCUGAAGGAUCACAAACAAGUUCUUAUCAGAACUGUACCCAUGACAAUGCUGUUCAGUGGAAAUCGGAUGAUUAUGUCCCUGAAGAACUUGCAGCGCCUGACUCUCUCUCUUUUGGAAGAAAUAGACACAUGAAAAAUAAAAUUGGGUUGAAGAAUUCUUCAGAUGGGAUGGAAUUUGUUGAACAACUUCAAAAUUCUUCUGUAUUUGGGUGCUCAGAAGCAGAGAAAAGAUACGACAUAGUUACCCCACUUUAUCAAAGGGUACUCUCAGCUGUAAUUGUGGAAGAUGAGGUCGAAGAAUCUGAAGAAACUGGAUUUGGGAGACCUAGAGGUUCAAUUAAUGAUUCUUGCCUCCUUAUUAGUGCUGAAAGUAAACAGAUGGAUAAGCUGGACCUCUGUGAUCCAACUUUUGGUGUUCAGACUCAGAAAAAUGGUAACACACACAUAAUCUUUUCUUGUAACGGAAAUGCAGACUUUGAAAGGAGCUCUGCUGCCCAAGAGGUGCUGCAAAGAGACAGUGGAUAUAUGCACUCUGAGGUUGAAGUGUUGGUUAGACUUUCAAGAUGUGAUUAUGUUCCCCAGAAUAUGCAGACAAAUAAUUGUGGCAUUCCUUCCUUUGAUGGCCAAUAUGAGCAAAUGGGGAUUGAAGAAAAGCUCAUUCUAGAACUACAAAGCAUUGGCCUAUUCGUGAAAGCUGUGCCUGCUUUGGAUGAUAAAGAAGAUGAGGUGGUGAUUAACAGUGAAAUUGAUCAGCUAGAGAGGGGGCUUCAUGAACAGAUUGGGAAGAAGAAGUCCUGCUUGGAUAAAAUAUACAUGGCUAUUGAAGAAGGCAAGAACAUUGGAAGAAGGGACCCUGAACAGGUUGCAAUGGACAAACUUGUUGAGUUGGCAUACAAGAAACUUUUGGCAACUAGAGGAAGCUUUGCCUCUAAACAUGGGAUUGCAAAGGUGUCGAAACAAGUUGCUUUGGCUUUUCUAAGGAGGACGCUAGCCAGAUGCCGGAAAUUUGAAGAUUCAGGAGCAAGUUGCUUUUCUGAACCUGCACUUCGGGAUAUCAUUUUUGCUGCACCUCCUCGAUUUUAUGAAAUAGAGCAGGUUGCUGGUGCAAGUCUGGCAGGUGCUAAUGAUGGCUGUUCAGUUGAUACUUUGAUUCACCAAACUGAUCAAGCUUUUGCUAGAAAUGGGCCAAUAUCAAAUAGAGCAAAGAGAAAGGAACUAUUGCUUGAUGAUGUUGGCGGGGCUGUCUUUAGAGCUUCAUCUGCUCUAGGCAUUUUGGAUGGUGCAAAGGGAAAAAGAAGUGAAAGGGACAGAGAUAGAGACACAUCAAUCAGAAAUACCAUAGUCAAGGCUGGACGGUCGUCAAUGGGUGGCUCUAAGGGUGAGCGCAAAGCAAAAUCAAAGCCCAAACAGAAAACAGCUCAGCUUUCUACAUCAGCAAAUGGGUUUGUCAACAAAUUCACAGACACAACAAAUUCCGUACACCCAUCAGCUAGUGGUUCUGGUGAAUCGGCAAAUAGCGGUAACCGGAAAAAGGAUGUUAGAUUUAUGUCCUCUGGUAAUGUUCCCCCAGCUUCAUCGAACGAUAUGGAGUCUAUGGAGUUUGCUAAUUUGCCAUUGAAUGACAUAGACGGUAUAGAAGAACUAGGUGUAGAGUCUGACAUUGGUGGAGCACAGGAUCUCAAUUCUUGGUUCAAUUUUGAUGUGGAUGGGUUACAAGACCAUGAUUCCAUUGGCCUUGAGAUACCUAUGGAUGACCUUGCAGAAUUAAAUAUGUUUUAAGAUUAACUUCUUAUUGUACAGCUUGUGGAAGACUUAAUUGGCUGCAGAAGAGUGGUUUUCUUUUGUUUUUCAAGGGGUUGGGGAAUUUGUUGGUUCGCACUGCCUUUAAGAUUCGUCUUGGCAAAGUGUGCCAGUUGUAAUUAUGGAAUUACUUCGUAGAAAAUUGUUCAGGAAAUCCUUGUAAGUUUAUGUAUUUCAAACAAUGUGUCCUUGUCAGAACUAUCAAAAUUACUCAGUCAGCAUCUUCUUAUUGAAAAGCUUGAAUUGUUUAUAGUAUUA